AUGUCCGGGUCCAACCCAGAUCGGGGAGAAAUUGUUGCACGGACCCUCGCCGAUGUGGGCCUUGAAGGGCUUGGCGAGCGCUACCCUCACACCCUGUCAGGCGGUCAGCAGCAACGGGUCGCUCUUGCCCGUGCGCUCGCGCCAGCCCCCUCUGUGAUCCUGUUGGAUGAACCCUUUGCCAGCAUUGAUGUGACACGACGACGGCAGCUCCGCGAACAUGCGCGCCUUGCCCUCAAACAAUCGGGUGCGAUCACCAUCAUGGUGACACAUGACCCGGACGAAGCCCUGGACAUGGCGGACAAAAUUGCCGUGAUGGAUGACGGCCGUAUCCUGCAAUGCGGCGAGCCAUUUGAGCUCUACAACGCAUCUGAAGAACUCAACAUUUAUUCCGCCCGGCACUACGACACGGACCUGAUGCUCUAUGAGCGUUUUACCGAAGAGACAGGCAUCAAGCUCAAUCUGAUCGAAGGCAAGAGUGAAGAACUGUUGGCCCGCCUGACACAAGAAGGUGAGUUCAGCCCCGGCGACGUUCUCCUCACUGUUGAUGCGGGUCGCCUGUGGCGCGCGGAAGAAGCCGGGCUGUUUGCUCCCAUCGCGUCGACACUGGUUGAAGAGCGCGUGCCAGCCCAUCUCAGGCAUCCGGACGGGUUGUGGUUUGGCAUUUCAAAGCGCGCACGUGUGGUGAUUUACAAUAAGGAUGCGGGUGCGCCUCAAGGCCUCACCAAUUACGCCGAUCUGGCGGACCCUUCCCUCGCGGGCCAGGUUUGUGUGCGGUCGUCGAGCAAUAUCUACAACAUCUCCCUUCUUGCCUCGAUUGUGGCCCAUGACGGCGCAGAGGCAGCGGAAGCCUGGACCGAGGGUGUUGUCGCCAAUUUCGCCCGCGCGCCUCAGGGCAAUGACACAGCGCAGAUCCGUGCGGUUGCAGCUGGAGAGUGCCGCGUAGGCAUUGCCAACACGUACUAUGUUGCACGCCUCAUGCGAUCAGAAGACGAGGCUGACCUAGCUGUCGCUGACAAGAUCGGUGUGAUCUUCCCGGAACAAGAGACCCGCGGAACCCAUGUUAAUAUUUCCGGUGCCGGGCUGCUUGCUUACGCUCCUAACAAGGACAAUGCGGUUCGGUUUCUGGAAUUUCUGACCAGUGACUGGGCACAGAAGGUGCUCGCUGACGGUAACAAUGAAUAUCCCGCUGUCGCCAGUGUUGAUGCAGAAGGCCCCGUAACGGCUCUGGGUACCUUCAAAGAGGACGAGAUCAACGCCUCUGCCCGGGCGCAGGCUCGCCAAGCGCGGCUGACGAAACCGGCCGGGUCUCUGGGACAGCUGGAAGAUAUUGCGAUCCAGCUUGCAAGCCUCAGCAAUAGGGAACGGCCCUCUGUCUCCACGCCUCAUAUUUUGAUCUUCGCUGGUGAUCACGGCAUUACCGCGGAAGGCGUUUCAGCCUAUCCGUCCGAAGUCACCGCUCAGAUGCUCGCAAAUUUUGUGACAGGCGGUGCUGCCAUCUCUGUUCUCGCGCGAGAACAAGGCGCGGCGCUGCAGGUUGUCGAUGUGGGCACCUUAGCGCACAACGUGCCGCAUGGCGUGCAUGCUGACAAGAUUGCCCACGGUACAGAAAAUUUUCGGCGCGGCGACGCCAUGAGCGAAGAUGAGCUGUUCCACGCAUUGGGUGCCGGACGGAACGCAGGAGCGCGUGCCAUUGGCGAAGGGGCCGACCUGCUUCUGCUCGGUGAGAUGGGUAUCGGGAACACCAGUGCAGCAAGUGCUGUCGCAGCAGCCCUCACUGACGGAAACGUCGCUGCACUUGCUGGUGCGGGAACCGGUCUUGAUGCCGACGGCAUCUCUCACAAGACCCGCGUCAUUGCGGAGAGCCUUGCCUUCCACAAGCUGGAUGCCGGGAACGCUAACGCGCAGCGAUCACCGCUGCACAAGCGCGUGUGCCCGUCUUGGUUGAUGGGUUCAUUUGCACAGCCGCCAUGCUCGCAGCUGUCAGUGCAAACCCGUCUAUUCGUCCUUGGCUUCUUUUCUCCCACCGAUCUGCGGAAAGCGGUCAUGCACGGGUGCUUGAUGCGCUUGAUGCCAAUCCGCUUUUUGAUCUGGGUCUUCGUCUUGGAGAAGGCAGCGGCGCCGCUCUCGCACUUCCUCUUCUUCGGCUUGCCUGCUCUCUUCAUAAUGAGAUGGCGACGUUUGACAGUGCCGGCGUAUCCGUUGGUGCUCUGGAGUGGAUCGCUGAUUGAUCCCUGGGUGGGUGCGGUGCUGACGCUUGGGGCGUGGGCAUUUGUCACCGGCGCACUUCAUCUUGAUGGUCUGUCGGACCUCGCUGAUGCGCUGGGCGCUGCGCACGCAGAUGAAACACGCUUCCAUGAGGUCCUGAAAGAUCCCCAUAUCGGUACGUUUGGCGUCGUAAGCCUGAUCGUGCAAUUGGCCGUGAAGCUUGUGCUCCUGAUACUGAUCGCCGAGCAGGAGCUCUUUUGGGUUUUGAUCCCGCUGUGCGCCUGGGCACGGCUUGGCCCGCUUUUCUGGGCCCAGUACCUGCCGGUCCUGCGUCCGCAAUCCACUGAAGCACAGGGCAUGGGGGAGCGGUUUUCGUGGGAGAUCAACUCGGUUACGCCUUGGGCAUGGGCUGCCCUUCUUCUCGCGAGUGCCUGGGGCGCGCCUGCCUUUCUGGCAGCGCCCUUCAUCCUUCUGGUUUGGGGGGCUUACUUACAGGUACGAUUGAAGGGCCAGACCGGUCCUUUCGCGGCUCUCAUUCUCGGCGGUGCGCGGUCGGGCAAGAGUCGGUACGGCGAAGGCCUUGUGACAGAUGCCUCGGGUGAUUUGGUCUAUGUGGCAACAGCCGAAGCCCGCGAUGAUGAAAUGGCGGAGCGCAUCACCCAUCAUCAGAGCCGCCGUGGAACAGACUGGCGAUUGAUUGAAGAGCCCCUCGAUCUGUCAGGCGUCCUGCGCAAUCAGGUGAGUGACAAAGACAUCGUUCUCAUCGACUGCCUGACGCUCUGGCUGGGCAAUCUGAUGGAGGCAAAAGAAGACAUUGCUUCCGCCACCUCCAACCUAUUGGCCGCGAUCAAAGCCUGCCCUGCGCGGCUUGUGUUCAUCUCAAAUGAGGUGGGUCAGGGUAUCGUGCCGGACAAUGCACUGGCACGGCAGUUCCGAGACGAAGCGGGGUGGCUGCAUCAAUCCUUGGCGGCAGAAAUCGAGGCUGUCCUUCUCGUGAUGGCGGGUCUUCCUCUUAUCUUGAAGGCUCCGCAGCAAGACUAA